CACUUCCGCCCUCCCUUAAGAUGGCGCCGGCGGAAGGGGUGGGGUAUCGCUGGUUAAUGAUGGCCGCGUCAAGGCUCGAAUUGAAUCUGGUGCGGCUACUGUGCCGCUGCGAGGCGAUGGCAGCAGAGAAGCGGGACCCGGAUGAGUGGCGUCUGGAGAAGUACGUGGGAGCCCUCGAGGACAUGCUGCAGGCCCUGAAAGCCCACGCGAGCAAGCCGGUCCCUGAAGUGAUCAAUGAAUAUUCCCGCAAGGUUGACUUUCUGAAGGGGAUGCUACAGGCAGAGAAGCUGACCUCGUCCUCGGAGAAGGCACUAGCCAACCAGUUGCUGGCCCCUGGCCGUGUGCCCACCACAGCAAGGGAGCGGGUGCCUGCCACCAAGACGGUCCAUCUGCAGUCCAGGGCGAGAUACACCAGCGAGAUGCGGAGUGAGCUGCUAGGCACGGAUUCUGCAGGAGAGCCGAAGCUGGAUCUGAGGAAGAGGACUGGGGUGGCAGGGCCCAGGCCAGGGGAUGAGAAGCAGUCGGCCGCUGAGCUAGACCUCGUCCUGCAACAACAACAGAACAUCCAGGAGAAGCUGGCAGAAGAAAUGCUAGGCCUUGCCCGGAGCCUUAAGACCAACACGCUGGCUGCCCAGACUGUCAUCAAGAAAGACAACCAGACCCUGUCGCACUCACUCAAGAUGGCUGACCAGAACCUGGAGAAGCUAAAGACAGAAUCAGAGCGACUGGAGCAGCAUGCACAGAAAUCAGUCAACUGGCUGCUUUGGGCCAUGCUUAUCAUUGUCUGCUUCAUUUUCAUCAGCAUGAUCCUCUUCAUCCGUAUCAUGCCCAAACUCAAAUAAAGACCUGUCCCAGCCCA